ACGUCAUAUUCGCGCAAGCGCGGACCGAUCAUGUUCUCCGAUAUCUAUCUUUGUCGACGUGUAGUGACAAGCAGGACGCUGACAAGUCAGUCUUAUUUCUUUCUCCACUUUGUAAAUAUUUAUCUCCCAUUAAAUACUUCUUUAAUUCUUUAUUCAAGGAUACAACUGUCUCGGUGCGCGAGUAUCUUAGCUCGCUAGUUAGCUUUGCUCGUUAGUUAGCUUAGCUCGCUAGUUAGCUUAGCUUGUUAGCUGCUAACAGAAGUUGUCAACACAUCGCUAAGUAGAGAUCAAGUGUGAGAGUAAAGUCUUGUGAUUGUGUGAAAAUGUCUACAUUACACAUGUUGAGAGCGUUGGUGGACCAGCGACUAACUGUCGCCGUCGAGGAAAUAUUUGUAGUGUUGGAAAGAAUGAUAGUAGAAUACGAGGCGGAACUUUCUAGAACAAAGGAGGAGAAUAAUCAACUACUGGACGCUGUCUUCAAGAAACAUCAAGUUGUGUUACACAGAACAGAUCAUCUUCUCCAUGAGCCAGAGGAAGAACCACAGCCCACCCACGUUAAAGAGGAGGAACCACAGCCCCCCCACAUUGAAGAGGAAGAAGCGGUACCACAACUCCAACACGCUAAAGAGGAAGAACAGGAGCCAUGGCCCUCCCAUAUUAAAGACGAGGCAGCUGAACACAACGUCAGUCAGGAGGGAGAGCAUACUGAAGGACUGGAGGAGUCCCCAGGUACUGGUGUCCCUGUGAAGAGUGAAGGUGAGGAGAGGGGAGGGGCGGAGCCUCCAACACAACACAUGACAACACAAGAUGAGGGAGACCACUGUGGAGGAUCACAAGCAGACAAUGUCUUAGCUCCGCUAUCAGAUAGCGAGGACACAACGUCACACUCUCCUGACACUUAUGAGGAAGACUCUAAAAAUGACAACACUCCCUUGAAAAGUUUUGGCCUCAAAAAGUCUCUCAACAGAAAGUCUCUAAACAGACGUAUCAAAAAUGACACUGGAGAGAAAUAUUUUCCGUGCUCAGUGUGUGGUAAAAGAUUCUGUAUAAAAGGAGACCUGAUAAAACACGAAAGAGUACAUACUCAAGAGAAACCGUUUUCCUGUUCAGUGUGCGGGGCAACUUUUGUUCGAAAGGGCAGUUUAAAAACCCACAUGAGAAUACACGCCGUAGAGAAACCGUUUUUGUGUUCCGUGUGCGACUCGGGUUUUACUCAAAGGCAAAAUUUGAUAAACCACAUGAGAACACACACCGGAGAGAAACCUUUCUCAUGUCCCGUGUGUAAAUCAAGUUUUAUACAAAGCCAAAACUUGAAAAAACACAUGACGGUGCACACGGGGGAAAAACCGUUUGCCUGUUCAAUCUGCGGCGUGUGUUUUUCAAGGAAAGAAAGUUGGACCAUUCACAUGAGAAGACACACGGGAGAAAAACCUUUUUCGUGCUCCGUGUGCGACUCGAGUUUUGUCCGAAGCCACGAGUUGAAAAUCCACAUGUGUGUGCACUCUGACGAGAAAGCUUUUUCCUGUUCAAUCUGUGGCGUAAGUUUUUCAAGGCCGUACUGUUUGAUCGAACACAGGAGAACACACACCGGGGAAAGACCUUUUUCGUGUUCGGUGUGCGGCUCGAGCUUUGGUCAACAUCGGGGUUUGAAAAAACACAUGGAAAUUCACACCAGGGAAAAGGUGCAUAGUUGCAGCGUGUGUGAUGAAAGGUUCUCUUUUAAGUACCAACUUAAGAAACACAAGUGUGAUGGUGAGAACAGCGGCAGUAAAAUAGAAAAGCUCUCCGCAAACCCUCACCAGGCCUAAACCCCCAGUCGUACAGAAUCUUUCAAAAGAAGACUGAAUCAAAACACAUAAAUAUAAUCACUCGUUCCUUAUCCCGUUGCUGACAUGUCCUUAACUUUUUGAUGAAAUCUGACCACAUUUUUUCUGUUUUGUUACGGACUACCUGACGAUUACACAAACCCCAAAUUACUUUGACAUCACAUGGAUAGAGAUAAGACCUUCUGGAGGAACUUUAUGUGGUCAAAUGAAACAAAAAUGGAGCUGUUUGGCCACAAUACCCAGAAACAUGUUUGGAGGCCUUUAAUCCCAGGAACACCACGCCUACGGUCAAGCAUGGUGUUGGUAUUAGAUGAUUAUACAAACCCCAAAUCACUUUUAUUUACUUUUCAAUUACUUCAAUGUAAAUAUGUUUCUUAGUUACACAUCCGAGCAAACAAGGUCCACACAAAUGUUUAUAUUUGUUAUUCUAUAUUUUUUAUUGUGUACUAGUACAUCAAUGUGUACUUCUGCUAAUAUUUAAGAAGUGAUGAUGAUGUUAUGGUUCAGUUUGCCAAAACAAGUCUCCACCAUGGUGGUGCCAGCGGUCCUACCACUUGUAAGAGACAUUUUUGUUUGUACCAGCUAUUUUGAAACCAGCGCUUAUCCUUUAAUAAAAUGUCUGUUUUUCAUGA